GAGGGGAGGAUUUCUCGGGGCUCCGCGUUCCUGUCCGCAGGGGCCACUCACUUCUGUUGGGUCAGUUUCACCACUCCCACUAGAUGCUUGUUAAGCGCUUUGUGAUUCAUCUGGAGCGAGCCUGGACUCCAAUCCCACCCCUGCUCCUUAGAGUAUGGCUUGUAGACACUACUGGUGGAGCAUCCACCUGUGCUAGCUUCCUGAGAUGACUCCCUACUGUGCCUGGCUCUGCCCUCCGGAGAUAAGGGGAACCAGGAAAACCCUUCCUGUGUACCACUGGGUGGAGAUGCGGACAAAGAUGCGGAUCCUGGGCUUCCGAGGAACCACAAUUAAACCCCUGAACGAGGAGGCUGCCGCAGAACUCGGGGCCGAGUUGCUGGGAGAGGCCACCAUCUUCCUGAUAGGCGGCAGCUGCCUGGUUUUGGAGUACUUCCGGCACUCUGCCCAGACCCGGCGCAAGGAGGAGGAGCAACAGGCGGUCUUGGAAUCCUAUCAGCACGAGCUGAACAUCCUCACCUUGACUGUGGAAACGCUGCAGACUCAGCAGCAAGAGGUCUUCCGGCACAUGGGCACCAUUGACGGGCUACAGGCCCAGGUCAAAGAGCUCAAGGAACUGCUUGAAAAAAAGGAGAAAUAGGGGCCGGUUCCCAUGGAUGCUGCCCAUCUGCCCUCUGCACACUGCCCCCUAUUGGCGACACGGUCUUUGGGGCCCCUGGAAUGGGAUCUCUGCCAAGGCCUUCUCCUACAUCCGCACCCAGGGUGUCUCAUUGGACCGAGCUACCUCUGGAGCAUCGGAUGGUCCUGUGGGACAUUUUGCACUCCCUCCCCCAUCCCCCGUGAUCUGUUUGUUUCUUCUUAGGGAUUGGCCAUACCGUCCACUUGUGUUCCAUUGUCAGCCCCCAGGGAGUAAAGAGUUGGCGAGUAUGCUGACAUCCUGUGGUCCUGUCACCGCCUACCCACUCACCCUUCCCCCAGCUCUGCAGACCCAUCCCCUUAUAGCAGGCCCUGCUGGCUUUCCUUUCCUUUCCCUGGUGCAUCAUAGGAAGAAUCUUCCACUCCAGCCAGGUGGAAUACUCUCAUUGGACCUGCCCCCUUCAUAUCCCUGACCUUUGGACCCAUCCAGCCUGAUGUUUCUACUCCCUUACUCCCUUCUUUGGUCCCUGGAGAACUCCUGUUUUGGGGGGUAUCUCAGUGGUGAUCUCUUUUCCCAGAAGGAUCCCACUGGCCACGGACCAGCCUUCCUUGGGUUACCUUGAUUCUGGGCAUGGAAUGGUCUCCUGUGCCCUUUUCUCUUGGGUUGGGUUCGGGAAUCCAUACCCUUCUCAGCACAGGUAGCGACCCUUCCCUCCCCCAGCCUCUACCUCCUCUCCUGGAACCUUCCCCCCUCCCAAGACUCUCCUUCCUAGUCCUAUUCCUGUUGCCAAAUUCCACCCUUCCCUCCCACAGGCUGAAGUCAGCAGUAACCCACGCCCAUGCUAAGUCCCAAAUGAAAGGUUCUGACAGAGCCCUACCUUUCUGCUCCCCAUCUCCCCUCCCAGGCAGACAGAGCCCCAGCUUUCCUGGCGGGAUGACCUACAGGGCUUGUCUCCUUUGCCUUCCCACAGGGGCUUCACUACCUCGUGGCAGCGGCGGAGGCACUGCGGAGGGGCGAGCUCUCCCACCAGAACAGUCCACCUCUUCCCCCCUCACCCCCAAUCUGCUGAUGGGAUGGGAGGGAGGGGGCAGAGGGCAGGGGUCUCCCACAUCAGAUUAUAUUUUUUAUGACUGUAAAUACUUCUCAUUAAAGUAGGAGAGGGUCUU